GGCGAUGAAGCUAAAAAGCAGCGCCUGCGUGAAAGCAGGAACGGUGGAGGAGUUUCGCUGUUCUGCUACUGUAAAAUCUUAGCGUAGUGAAUCGCUAGGAGAGAUACAGGGGAAGAACGGAGCCGAAUUCACGAGCGUUCCCGGAUAAUGCUAUUUUGAAAUGAUAGUGACUGAAUAAAGUCUUUCUACAUGAGAUGGACUAUUAGUACAGACAAAAGUUUGUAUUUGCCUAGGAUUUGAAGAGUUUGCGAGCAGCUACCUAACUAGCGAUGCUAACGUUAGCUAGCGAACUAGAUACAGCUGUAAACAUGGUUUAAAUUGGUUUCUCACUUGACGUUAUAUUGCAGUGAUUUAAAUUUAGUAUGAAUUAUUAUUUUAUGAAUGUGUGUCUGUCGUAGCUAAAAACGUAUUUAGGAUACAUUUAUGCUUGGAUUCAAACAGCCGCAGUGUGUACACAAAUCAAACAACUGCAGCAGAGGCAGAGGAUGGAGGAGCUGUGGAGACGUGGCAUGCCCCUGUCAGAUCGAAUGGAAAAUGACUCCCCAGCCGAUAUAGCCCCAGGGUCCCCGACCACAGCGGCCCCGUCGGGCUCCAAUGCCUCCUGGGUGCCAGACACCCCCCUGGUGACCCCUGAGGAACCAUACUUCCUCAUGACGUCCACUGCCCAGACCGUGUCAGGGUUCUUUGUCUGGACAGCCCUGCUAAUAACCUGCCACCAGAUCUACAUGCACCUGCGCUACUACAGCUCUCCCAAUGAGCAGAGACACAUAGUUCGCAUCCUCUUCAUCGUUCCCAUCUACGCCUUUGACUCGUGGCUCAGCCUCCUCUUCUUCACUAAUGAAGAGUACUACGUCUACUUUGACACGGUCCGCGACUGCUACGAAGCGUUUGUGAUCUACAACUUCCUCAGCCUGUGUUAUGAGUACCUUGGAGGGGAGAGCGCCAUCAUGGCUGAGAUCAGAGGAAAGCCCAUUGAGUCCAGCUGUGUGUACGGCACCUGCUGUCUCUGGGGAAGAACUUACUCCAUUGGGUUCCUCCGAUUCUGCAAACAGGCCACUCUACAGUUCUGUGUGGUGAAGCCUCUGAUGGCCAUGAUCACAGUCAUCCUGCAGGCCUUUGGGAAGUACAGAGAUGGAGACUUCAAUGUGGCCAGUGGGUACCUGUAUGUGACCAUCAUCUAUAACUUCUCUGUCAGCCUGUCUCUCUACGCUCUCUUCCUCUUCUACUUCGCCACCCGCAACCUGCUGGUCCCCUACAGCCCCAUGCUCAAGUUCCUCAUGGUCAAGUCUGUCAUCUUCCUCUCUUUCUGGCAGGGUAUGCUGCUGGCCAUCUUGGAGAAGUGUGGAGCCAUCCCUAAAAUCAACUCUCCCGAAGUGUCAGUUGGGGAGGGCACGGUUGCCGCUGGCUACCAGAACUUUAUCAUCUGCAUUGAGAUGUUCUUUGCCGCUGUGGCCCUGCGCCACGCCUUCACCUACAAGGUCUACAUGGACAAGAGGCUGGACUCCUACGGGUCCUUUCCUAUUUAUGGACAGUACGGUCGCUGCGCCCCAAUGAAGAGCAUCUCCAGCAGUCUGAAGGAGACCAUGAACCCCGGAGACAUGGUGCAGGACGCCAUCCACAACUUCUCCCCGGCCUACCAGCAGUACACACAGCAGUCCACCCUUGAGCAGCGCGGAGGGGCGCCGGUGUCCCGCAGCCACAGCAACCUCAGCACCCGCGACAACGAGAAGACCCUGCUGCUCAGCUCCGACGAUGAGUUCUGAGCCCCCCUACACACCGACCGGUGGUACUACUGGGAGGUAGAGACGGGAGGGGCUUUAUGGACUCUACUAUAGUGCUGUACCAAAUCGACAGGCUUGAGUCCUUUGGCUGAUCCACUUCAUGAACAUAGUACUCAUAUUCCUCAGUCUAUAUUGACAAUACAAGCAACCUACUGCAUAGGUGUCCAUUUCCACAUACCACUGCCAAUAUGGAUCAAUACAGAUACACACAUGUGCAUAGAUCAUUCCCAGGUGUCUUCAGGCUGUGUUAACACUACAAAGGCCUACUAGACAGAGAAACACUCACCAACGUGCAUGCCAUUGACAUGAGUGCCAUUGAAAUAAUACAGCAUCCCCCUCACCCUCCUGCCAGCUCUGCCUCUUGCUUAAAUGUUGCCAAAUAGAGGGAGAUCCCGCUUGGUCAGCAGGACCCUCUCUAACUUAAAAUGUAGAUUUCAGAGUGACUUGGAUAAGACACUAAGGGACCCCGAAAUCACUGUAUAUUUGGAUGUUUAUUGACCUGAUGGUGUUGUUCUCAUUUUUAAACAAAUCUAUUAUGAAGGGAGGUUAUUAUUAUAUGAUGUGUGUUAGUGUGUGUUGGAAGGUACAGUGAGGAUAAUAUAAUUGGGGGUCAUUUGGGGUGUCUCCCGGAAUGUUAUGGUUGAUGACGUAUUGAGGGAACAGCUGUUGACAGAAGUUUGGUGUGGGCGACUAACAUCGCUCACACGAAUUACAGAUGAAAGAGGAACUUGCUUCUUAGCAGAGCUGGACUCGGCCACAGCAGACCGGAUUAGAAUCCCGUAAUUGGGGCAUUAUGUGCGGCACAGAUCAGGCAUGUUUUUACCAUCAGGUUGGUGUAAUGGUCAUAUCACGCCCGAACUGCGCAUGUGCAGACCGUCUAAUCAAAGGCUGUCUUUUGAUCAUGUUUUUACCAUCAGGUUGGUGUAACGGUCAUAUCGCGCCCGAACUGCACAUGUGCAGACCGUCUAAUCAAAGGCUGUCUUUUGAUCAUGUUUUUUGGGACGAAAAUUUCAACUUGUCAGUGUCACUUUCACAAGGUUGGAGUAAUAACAUGUUCAACUACUUAAGACAUUGGCUCGAAUCUAGAUUGUGUCUUUAGAUUGAGAAAAUAAACAACUAAUUUCACUGUUCUCAUCUCAAACCUCAGCCUGGUCUGUUUCGCAAGCGUUCCUGGAAGUCUUCAAUGUUGCACCUCUGGGUUUAGAAACUCUGUGAAGUUGUCAAAGGGUAUGGAGACCAAGCAUUUCUUCCCCCUGGUGGCAAGAGGCAGAGAGAUUUCCAGCCCAGCCUCUGGGAGGAGCCUGUUGAGCAUAAAUAGUUUCUUUGAAUACAUAGCCAAGCCUUGCCUAUCUUCAGCAUUAAUAUACUUCAGUUAUGCCUGAAUAUACCUGCUUUCUUCAACAUGGCUGUUUUCUUGUCUUGUUAGGGUUGCUAUGUUGUUGCUUAGUGUCACUAGCCUCAUAGAUUUUUCCUUUGAGAGGUCUUUUUGCUGAAGACAACACACAGAUCAUUUUGAAACGUUUUACUCAUAAAAAAAAUCUCUCACUGAACUGUCAAUUCCAAAGCUGCAGUUUUACAAAAACAAUGUAAAUAGGAAGACUACCCAUAUUUGAAUACCAGAGGGAAGUGUUUUUCUACAGCAGGGGUUCUUAAACGUUUUCAUCUCGAAACACAAAUUAGAAAUGUUUACCGUUCUCCCGUGACUCAAAUCUUCCUCUAACGACCCAAAUUAAAAAUAAAUAGUGUGUUAUUAUAGAUGUAUUCUCAUAACUCAUAACCUCUCACAUGCCCAGGGUCCACUUCGGGUCAAAAAACCCUUUUCUACAGGGUCCAAUAAAUACAGUACCAAAAGUUACUAUUCAUUUCAAUGUUUUUUCUUUAUUUUGACUAUUUUCUACAUUGUAGAAUAAUAGUGAAGACAUCAAAACUAUGAAAUAACAUAUGAAAUCAUGUAGUAACCCCACAAAAAAUAAACAAAUUGAAAUAUAAUUUACAUUUUAGAUUUCUCAAAGUAGCCACCCUUUGCCUUGAUGACAGCUCUGCACACUCUUGGCAUUCUCUCAACCAGCUUCACAUGGAAUGCUUGAAGGAUUUUCCACAUGCUGAGCACUUGUUGGCUGCUUUUCCUUCACUUUGCGAUCGAACUCAUCCCAAACCAUCUCAAUUGGGUUGAGGUCGGGUGAUUGUGGAAGCCAGGUCAUCUGAUGCAGCACUCAAUCACUCUCAUUCUUGUAUAAUUAGCCCUUACACAGCCCGGAGGUGUGUUGGGUCAUUGUCCUGUUGAAAAACAAAUGAUAGUCCCACUAAGCGCAAACCAGAUGGGAUGGUGUAUCGCUGCAGAAUGCUGUGGUAGCCAUGCUGGUUAAGUGUGCCUUGAAUAAAUAAAUAAAUCACUGACAGUGUCACCAGCAAAGCACCCCCACACCAUCACACCUCCUCCUCCAUGCUUCACGGUUGGAAUAACACAUGCGGAGAUCAAUCCAUUCUCCUGCUCUGCGUCUCACAAAGACACAGUGGUUGGAACCAAAAUUCUCCAAUUUGGAGUCAUCGGACCAAAGGACAGAUUUCCACCAGUCUGUCCAUUGCUUGUGUUUCUUGGCACAAGCAAGUCUCUUCUUAUUAUUGGUUUCCUUUAGUCAUGGUUUCUUUGCAACAAAUCAACCAUGAAGGCCUGAUUCACGGUCUCCUCUGAACAGUUGAUGUUGAUGUGUCUGUUACAUUUAUUUGGGCUGCAAUUUCUGAGGCUGGUAACUGAUGAACUUACCCUCUGCAGCAGAUGUAACUCUUGGUCUUCCUUUCCUGUGGCGGUCCUCAUGAGAGCCAGUUUCAUCAUAGUGCUUGAUGGUUUUUGCGACUCCACUUGAAGAAACUUAUCAAAGUUCUUAAAAUGUUCCAGAUUGGCUGACCAUGUCUUAAAGUAAUGAUGGACUGUCGUUUCUCUUUGCUUAUUCGAGCUGUUCUUGCCAUAAUAUGGACUUGGUCUUUUACCAAAUAUCUUCUGUAUACCACCCCUACCUUGUCACCACACGACUGAUUGGCUCAAAUGCAUUAAAGAAGGAAAGAAAUUCCACAAAUUAACUUAAGGCACACCUGUUAAUUGAAAUGCAUUCCAGGUGACUACCUGUUGAAGCCGGUUGAGAGAAUGCCAAGAGUGUGCAAAGCUGUCAAUGUAAAGGGUGGCUAUAUAUGGAUUUGUUUAAUGCUUUUUUGGUUACUUUGUGUUAUUUCAUAGUUUUGACGUCUUCGCUAUUAUUAUACAAUGUAGAAAAUAGUCAAAAUAAUGAUCAACCCUGGAAUGAGUAGGUAUGUCCAAACUUUUGACUGCUACUGUAUAUUUCAUAGGUUUGAAUGUUAAGUAUAGGCUACAUACACUUAAGUGAUUGUUUUAAUGAUGUGCCCUAUGCUGUGUCUUGGUUAAAAUGAAUAUAUAUUUCCGAACAGGAUAUUGACAGGAUAUUGUGCAUAAAGUUGAACUAGAUAAUGGAAUAUGUUUAUUGGUGGGUAUAAUAAUGAUAAAGCACAAUGCUUACUUCUGUAUCGUCUCUGCUCCAUAUUCCUUAUAUUAUUUUGUUUCAUACUUUUGUGUUCAUUUGUAUAUUGGUAUUAUUCUGCUUUAUAGAUUCUGAUGCAAUUUUUUGUCUUUGUGGUAUUUAAACAACCGCAAAAUAAAAGGACAGACAGAAUUGAAUAUU